CUGUGAAUUGUGAAUUUAAGGAAGCUCUCAUACCAAAUGCAACACAUAAAAUAAAAUUCAUACGUAAAAUGUUGCACAGUUCAUAAUUAAUAGCGUACAUCUGUUUACACUCAACAGAGAUAACGUCGCCUCACACAUUUUAUAUAUUAUGUAGAAUACAUGAGCGUGCCAAUUUUGGAACUUCAGUAAGUAUAUCUAUAUCAGUAUUUGAAAUGUCUUCAAGCGAAGAAGACGUUAUUGUAGCUUGGCAGUUUUUAAGAAGACGUCAGAGAAAAAAAAGGAAAAUGCGUCGGUAUUGGAUUCACCCGCUGAAUGCAUUUAACAUCAUUCAUAGUCCAGCAAUUGUUUUAAAAGAACAGUUAAACCUUUAUCCUGAAAAAUUUAAAGAGUAUUAUAGGAUGAACCAGGCUAGUUUUAGAUAUUUAUUGGAAAUUGUAGGUCCGAAUAUAGAAAAACAAAACACCAAUUAUCGAAAAGCAAUUUCGUCAGAAGAACGUUUAUUAAUAACUUUAAGGGAAAGAAAUAUGAAAAUAAACCUGGAGAAAACAAAGAUAAUGGUCAUGGGAAAUGAGGAUAAUCGAGUAAAUAUAGAGAUAAAUAACCAAAAACUAGAACAAGUAACAACAUAUACAUAAAUACCUGGGUGUGAAAAUAGAAAAUGGAGAAAGAUCAGAAGAAUAAGUCAACAAAAGGAUAACCAUGACUUCCAGAAUGGACUACAGCUUGUAAUAUUUACAGAAAACUGUAAAUAUUAAUCUGUAAAUAUUAGAUAGAUAAGUCAACAAGCAUGUUUAUUAUUUUAAGACUUUUUUAAGUUUAUUAUGUAAGUAAACAAAUUAUUGUAAAAAAUUGAUUUCAAUAAACCUAUUAUCUCAAAAAUUAUA